AGUUGACCUCACGGAUAGGGAGGAGUGUCGUGGCUUCUUUCCAUUCGAAGCUACGCCAAAGCUUUUCCACCUCACGGAUUCGGAUAUGGCAAGCCAAAAAGCCGCGCCACCCAUUUCUCCACCUCACAGUCACAGGUCAGCGCUCCUUCCCACUUCCUUCAUCGCCAUGGCUGAAUCACAAUACCACACUAGUCAUAACCCUAACCCCUACAAUGCCACAAUUCACAGCAGAAAUCAUUGACUCUGGAAAAUAUUCAUAGGUUAGCAGAGGAUAAAACUUGAACCUAUACUUUUAUCUUCCUCUCCCUCUGUGGAAAUCAUCGACUCUGGAAGAGAUUUUGCGUCGCCAUUUCAAGCAGACCCAGAAAUUGUUCCUGCUAUGGAAAAGCUGCAAAUCCCAUUUUCCAAACCCUAUUCCAGAUUCGGAACCAACCCGGAUCCCCAAUUCGACCGACCCAUCAGAAUCGGUGGUCUGAUCCAGAAACCGGCGGGUAGAGUAAUCAGGCCGAGAAUUAGAAUCCAGGGGCGGCGGCCUAUCCAGCGCGAGGUUUCCGGCGGGAACCCAGGGGAAGUACUAUCGGCGGCGAUUGAGGAGGAGGAAGAAGAAGAAGAAGACGAGCUGUGUCCGGUGGAAUGCGUGAGGGAAUUCAAGACGGACGAGGAACUGCUGAAGGUGAUCGAGAAAUCAAAGGCGACUGGGGCGCUUGUGGUGGUGGAUUUCUACAGGACUUCGUGUGGGAGCUGCAAGUACAUCGAACAGGGGUUUUCCAAGCUCUGCAAGGGUUCCGGCGAAGAGGGCUCUCCCGUCAUCUUCCUCAAACACAAUGUGAUUGAUGAAUACGAUGAAGAAUCCGAGGUUGCGGACAGACUUAGGAUCAGGGCGGUGCCGCUUUUCCAUUUCUACAAAGAUGGGGUGUUGGUGGAAGCAUUUCCCACCAGAGACAAACAGCGGAUUACAGAGGCCAUUCUUAAAUACACGUCUUCAUCUUCUCCAUCAGCUCAAGAAACUUGAUGCAAGUUCAGACUGCAACGUAUAUGGCCCAUUUGUAAAAAAAAAAAAAAAAAAGAGUCUCUUAUUUUAGCAUUUUGAAUGAUAAAUGCAGACAUUAGAGGGUAUGAGCUUGAUUCUGCAUCUACCCAAUUCUGGAACCAGAACUGAAGCAACUCUAAUCCUGAUGCUGUAUGGAUUGGAUAUAUGUACUUCAAUGUUCAAUAUACCAGGAGAUCAAAUGAAUAGAAAAAUAAGACGGGUUUAGAAUCUUGGUGUCAACAAUCACCAUUGUAACGGAAAAUGGUAGUAAUGUCGUCAAGCCUGGUAGAAAUCUGUUCUAUGUGUGUGGAGUUGAAGUAUUAGUGUCACUGGAUGAGGUCCAGGGCUUCAAACAAGUUGCUCUUAUUGAG